CUAUAGUCACAACAUAACUCAAUUAGGAGUUCGUGGGAAUUUCGAAGUAAAUUAUAUAUCGUUGUGAUUCGUGAAUGGUGGUGUUGCCGUUAAAUGAUCAACGUGUUUUAACCGAGGUUUAGAGGACGGAUAAUGGCAUCCAGCGACGGCAUUCCGCCACCUGGGACUGUAGCCGGCUUCCCUUCAGUUCCACCAAGCAUGCCGCCAGGUUUUGUGCCACCGAUCAUGCCUGGCACCCCUUAUAUACCAGCUCCAGGAUUGCCUCCAGGCCCUCCGAACAUGAUGCCACCUCAAUUUUCUAUUCCGCCACCUGGUUUCAGUUUUCCAAUCUCCGCCGGACCUCCACCAGAUUUAAACGUUAUAGCUGCGCCACCUCAAAUAACUGGAUCACCAGCUGUCCCAACAUCAACGACAUCGGCGCUUGAGCCAACCACAGUUACACCAUCAAUUCCAACAAUGGAAAAAAAGUCUGAAUGGACAGAGCACAAAGCUCCAGACGGUCGUACCUAUUAUUAUAACAGUUCAACAAAGCAAUCACUUUGGGAAAAACCUGAUGAAUUGAAAACUCCAAGUGAAUUGCUGCUAUCUCAGUGCCCAUGGAAAGAGUACAAAUCUGACAACAGUAAAAUAUACUACCACAAUGUCACAACCAAAGAAUCAAGGUGGACUAUACCACCUGAGCUUGAAGAAUUGAAGGCAAAGCUUGCCAGUGAGGAAGCUGGUACUGCUACUUCAGUUACCGCUGCCUCUGCUGCUGUUGCUGGCUCUGCUAUUGUUCCAAGCAGUACUUCGAAUGCGGCUCUUGUUCCACCUGUAAUGCAUGCGUUAUCGCCAAAACUUACCACACCACAAGCAAGCACCCCUGAGGCGAGCUGUAAAUCGGCAAUCGAACAGGCUAUGGCGGCAACACUCGCCGCGAUAAAUAUUCCAACUCCUCCGACAAAACCCGACGACGAUAGUAACUCGACGAAAGGUUCUGCCAAUGGGAGUAGGAACAGCACUCCUGAACCCAAAGUGCAUUUUAAGGAUAAGAAGGAAGCGAUCGAAGCAUUCAAGGAGUUGCUGAAGGAACGAGAUGUACCCUCUAAUGCUACUUGGGAACAGGCAGUAAAAAUGAUUCAAAAUGAUCCAAGGUAUCCACAGAUGAAGAAAUUGAACGAGAGAAAACAGGCUUUCAACGCCUACAAAACGCAACGGCUUAAAGAAGAACGUGAACAGGAAAGACUGAGGUUGAAAAAAGCCAAGGAGGAUUUAGAACAAUUUUUAUUAACUCACGAGAAGAUGACGAGUAAUACAAAGUAUUAUAAAUGCGAGGAGAUGUAUGGUAACUUGGAGCUUUGGCGAUCGGUUGGAGACUCAGAUCGUCGUGACAUUUAUGAGGACGUAAUAUUCAAUUUGGCCAAACGUGAGAAAGAGGAAGCAAAGGUUAUGAAGAAACGUAAUACCAAACGACUUGCCCUUGUAUUAGAUGCCAUGACAGACGUUACAUACAAAACCACGUGGCAGGAGGCACAAGCAUUGCUGCUUCAGCACUCCGCGUUUGCUGAAGACGCGGACUUGUUGGCUAUGGACAAGGAAGAUGCUCUGCUAGUUUUUGAAAACCAUAUUCGUCAAUUGGAGAAGGAUGAAGAGGAGGAAAAGGAGCGGGAGAAAAAGCGAAGGAAACGAUUGGAGAGGAAAAAUAGGGACGGAUUUAUAAGUUUAUUGGACGAUUUACACGAGCAAGGCAAGCUGACGUCUAUGUCACUCUGGGUGGAACUUUACCCCAUGCUAUCUGCUGAUAUACGGUUUUCAGCCAUGCUCGGUCAACCGGGAUCAACACCAUUGGAUCUGUUCAAAUUUUACGUCGAAGAUUUAAAAUCACGUUUCCACGACGAAAAGAAAAUAAUACGCGAAAUUUUAAAAGACAAAAGUUUCGACGUUCAGGUUAAUACUACAUUUGAAGAGUUUGCGACAGUGGUUUGCGAGGACAGAAAAUCGGCGACUCUGGAUGCUGGAAAUGUCAAACUCACGUAUAAUCUGUUGCUUGAAAAAGCAGAGGCAAGGGAGAAGGAAAGGAUCAAAGAAGAGACAAGGAAAUUCAAAAAACUUGAAAUUGGAUUCAAAAACUUGCUGAAAACCUUAGACGUCGAUUAUCAGAUGUCGUGGGACGAUGUUAGAGCCAAAAUCGAAGGAGAAUCCGAUUUUAAAGCCAUAACACUCGAGAGCGAGAGAGUAAGGAUAUUCAAGGAGUAUCAACACGAAAUCGAGGAAAGCUGUAGUCACCAUCACAUAAGAAGCAAAAAAAAGAAGACAAAAAAACCAAAAAGAAAGUCACGAUCUCGGUCGCAUAGUGAGUCUGAUGCUAGUGAAAAAGGGGCUAAGAAAAAAACCCAAAAAUCACGAUCUAUGAGUCCUCCGAGUAAAUCGGACAGUUCUGAAUCUGACGUGAAAAAAACCAAACGCAAGAAAAGUAAGAAGAAAAGAGGUCGCAGCCGUUCACGAUCCUUUUCAAGACUACCAUCUUCAGAAGAGUCUCCUGACCGAAAACGUAAGGAUGAAAAACACCGACGAACCUCCGCCCACAGUGAAAAUGGUUCGGUAAACGAGAGUGCUGCUCAUCACCAUGAAUUAUCCGAGGAUGAAUUAGAAAAGCAAAGAGCACAACUAUUGCGCGAACUGCAAAUGCAGCAGGAAGACAAUUGAAAUGUUCUAUUCUUCUUGCAACGGCAUCCAAUGCGAGAGUGACUUCGAGAUAUAUACCAAACAUUGAAUGUAUUCAUCACUUGAAAUAAGUAAUCUUACCCCGGGGUAAUCCAACGGCAAUACGGUAAAGUGACUUUAAUUUUCAGUUAGUAUUAAAUUUAAAGAAAAUGAUUAAGAAUCAA